AUGCAGGCGUUGCUCGAACUGCUUGCUUUGAUCGUCUCCGAAGGUCCUGAGUCGUUCACCCCUUCCUACAGCGACGAUUUUGCGCUGUUCAUCCAACCGCAUGGGAAAUCCUACCAAGAUCUCGUCAACCUCCUUCCUAAGCUCAGCCGGGAGCUCAUGACCAAGGUUGUGGUUGCCGCCAGGCACUGGGCUCGAUACGAGAAUGUGGAGGUGCUGGGGGGGAGGAGACGUCGAUAUUCGAUCGAGGAUUGCUCGAGGGACGAUCUGUCGUUGUCUGGAUUUGGAAAUAUCACCCCCCAAGAGUUGCCUUCCUCACCAGAUCCGAACAGAGCCUGUAUGCAGAACUUGGCCAGUGCGCUCUUUGGUAACAACAUCAGUAGCAGCAUAGCGCAGCUCAGCAGCCACACGAUCAUAUCUCACGGAGCAGCCCGAAAUAAGUAUAUGAAAGAUCAUCGGAUCCAACGAUCCACAGAGGAGACCCUGCAGAGUAUCGGUUCGACCGAGGUCGAGAUUGACGACAAGGACGCGAUGGAGGCACUCGAGAACCUGAUGUUGCUGCAUGAGAGUGUGGAUCAGCUCGAGUCGUGGAAAAGGUUCUCAGAUGCACAUGCUGCUCUGCCAUUGCCGCCAUGGCGGACUACUGCUGCCAAGGUUGGGAAGUCGACGUUGGAAGAGAAGAAGGCUAUGCUGCUUCGAAAAAGUUCUCGUGGUCAUUCUGUCUCCAAGACUGGCCGUGCCAAAGUCCGUGGCCAGGCUCAACCUCAUGAUGUGUCGGCUCUGAUCCCUCUAGUGCCCACCAGAAAUUCUUCCUUGUGCACGCUCGAUAAGGGUCUCUGCACUUUUGCCGAGGAUGGUCUAUCACCUAAUGAACCGUACAACUAUAAGACCUCCUACUGGCAGUUCAAACACCGUCAAGACUGCGCUCGCCAUGACCUCCCACCCGGUCUUUCCCCACUGCGUCGCGUGAAUCACAUGGUCACUGCUACUGUGCGCCAUCUUGCAACUACCCUACUCUUGGAUAACGAGAGCGAAACCAUGAGCGUUGGCGAGGAGACUUGUCUGUCCGGGAGUCUCAACCCUGACAGUUUGAUUGAAUCUUCAGACUCCUCUGCACAAUCUUGUCAGAGGAAUAGCCCAGCAACAACACCACAGCACGAACUGGCCGAGUUCGUUGCCCCACCUAUGAAGGAUCUUUACUCUGCCCCUAUUGUGAUAGAUCUCAGCCAGCCUCCUCCGGGAGCCAGGCCUCCCGCGCUCAGUGAUGGUAUUACGUCCGCUGUAGCUGUCUCAACUCCGAAAAAAUAUGUCACAGCUGCCAUUGACACCUUCGCUAUCAAAGCAGCUACCAAGAAGCGACCCCCUCCAUUCAUCUUUCCGUCGCCGCCAUCGCCUACUGUGCUAUCCAAAUCCAUGACAACAUCAUCUCUGUCUCCGACUACGGCCGAGUCUUACAUCACCAAGGUAUCUACUCAGGCGUCCACCGAACAAGAAGGAAAAGAGUGUCUGGUAACGGUCAAGAAAGGUUGGAGAAUCUGCGAGAAGCCGCUCAUGCACUGGAAGCGAAAAUCGGCCUCGACCGUCCUAGCAGCUGCGCCGUCGCACCCACACACAAGUGCUCUCUCUAUCUCGUCCUCGGCGGACUGGGGCGACCUUGCUGCCGCUACGCCAAGAACGUCGUCCCCGAUUACCAUCAACGCCGCUGUCUCAUCCACGCACACUGCGACGAGAGCAGCAAGUACUUUUCCCGCGCCUACGAAUCCGUCGAAGCUACUAGGGUUGGGAUUCAGCAUUCAGACUCAAAAUGAUGCGAGUCGUUCAAAGACGUCAAGACCAAACCUCAACAUCCUCAUCAAGGAAAUCAACAGCGCUGCCUCAUUACCGUCGUCGGUCUCCUUUACGAGUCAAGAUGGUUCCCUGACGUCAACGUCAUCCCCAGGCCUUGGUUGUUCAAUCGCAUCGAUCCCAUUCCCGGAAAACUACAUGCCUAUGGUCCUGUCACCCUCCAGCUCUAUAUCAGCUCUGUGGGCAGCCCCUACCCCAAUUCCCACCCUAACAGUCCCGAACGGAUCGUCGCCCAGGAUGGACAGCUUCCGCAUGGUCACUUCCAUCUCGCCUCUACCUUCGCCAUCCACUACUUCUGCGGGCAGUCGCAAGAAACGACUCCAGGAGAAGUUGUUUGGGAAGAAGAGUAAGCUGCCCUUGGACGACACUUGCUCUUCGUUGUACCCUUGUCCAUUGUCGCCGUCGAUACAGUCUAAAAGGAUGAAUGUUCACAAUGGCGGAGUCGCAGGUAUACUCGGGGUUGGUGGGGGAGUUGGAGCAGGCGGAGGAGGAGUAGGUGGAGGGAAUGGACCGGUACUGAAAUCGUCCAGCUCGUUUGGAUCGUUGAGGGAGAAGAAAUCAUUCGGCCAACUCAUUGUUCCUCUCGUUCUUGCUCCCUUGGAGCAACGAGGUAUCCUCAAGACAAGGAGUCGGAGUAGCUCCUCUGCCUCUGUUACUGCCGUUGGUGCUGCUUGCCUCAUUCACGGUCAGGAUCCUAGAACUCCUAUUUCUUCGUAUCCUCGUCACUGUUAUGACCCAUUGAAUGAUCACGGCCAUCACCACCACCAUCAACGGCCACCUUUUCAUCGCGCCAAUUCUCAGCCCGUCGCUGUUCCAGUACUGCCGUCAUUUUCGCCACCAAGCCCGACUCCUGGGCACACGGCUGCUGAACGCCGCUACCAUAACAAACUGCCCAUUGGGUCUGUUGCCAGCGGUGUUGGAGGAGUAACCAGCAGUCGAGACGACAAGGAGGCGAAUGCGCAAAUCUGGAAGGUGAUUCACGAAUGGAGCGCGUGGAUGGAUGCACACUCCGCCUCCUUUAAGUAG